AAAUAAAGUUUUAUUAAAUCUUGGCGUGCUCUAAGCCUAUAUGGAGGGUACAAUAUACAGUGGAGGGACAAAAUUGAUAAACAUGAGGAUAUUUCUACUUACAUUGCUUCUAUCUUUUGGUCCUUUUUGCGAAGCAGCUUUUUCAUAUUCUCUUGAGAACGACUUGAGAACUCUUCUCUUUACAACUAACACUUACAACCGAUUUACACGGCCACUAUCCCAAGUAAACAUUACAGCCGAACUCAACCUGCUGACCCUUACAUCUUUGAGUAUUAAAGAUCAGACGAUGGCGAUUGCCGGCUAUUUUACAUUUGAAUGGACUGACAAUCGACUAUCUUGGAGUUCUAAUGCAUUAUACAACAGCGACAUACCAGCAUUUUACACCACACAAGACUAUGUCUGGAUACCUUCCCUCGCCGUCACAAAUUCGAUAAGUGAUAUCGCAGUUAUCAGUGACAAUACUUUCAUCAUCCGCGUCUCCAAGGAAGGUACCCUGAAGUGGACUCCGGGUGGCAUCUACGAAACUCAGUGUACUACAGAUGUGACCUAUUAUCCCUUUGACAUACAAACUUGCGCAGUCACACUUACCACCUGGGGAUAUACAAACAUAGAAAUAGCCCUAAUGGGUUCAGGGGUGGAACUAACUUACUAUGAACCAAAUGGAGAGUGGGAUUUCGCAUCUUAUUCUAUGUCGUCCUCUACGCGUACGCAUGGUAGAAAUAGUUUGCCUCAGAUCAGCUUCAAUUUGACUUUCAGACGCCGUCCUGCAUUCCAGAUCAUGAACACUAUAAUUCCCAUGAUUCUUUUGGCUUCUUUAAGUUGUUUUGUUUUUCAACUUCCGCCAGAUUCAGGAGAGAAGAUGGGAUACUCUCUUACAACUCUUCUGGCUUUUGCUGUUUAUCUUACAUUGGUAUCUGCAAAUAUCCCGACGACUUCCAUCAAUACGGCAACUCUUUCUGUGUACCUUAUCAUAAUGCUGGCUAUGGGAGUUAUAUCAGUUCUUCUGACAAUAUACGUUCUUAAGUGUCACCACAGCCCUGAAGAGAGACCUAUUCCGAAUUAUCUCAGGAAAUUUUGCUUUCUGGCAACUAAAAUCGCAUUCAUUGACGCUUGCUGCAAGCAAAAGGUUUACUCCAUUGACGAACCUGAGAUUGAAUCGAAAACCAAAGAGCUUCCAAAGUCCCAUGUUGAAGAACCGGAGCUAACUUGGCCAGCAGUCACAAGGAUUCUGGAUAAAUUCUUUUUUAGAUUCUAUGCUUUAUUUUUAUUUGUUGUUACAUUUUGUGUGUUAUUAACGCUUAUUAUUUAUCAUUACACAAAAUAAUAAUCCUUUGUUACAUAAUUUUUUUGGAGGGAUA